UUGUUUCAGAGCUAUAGGAAGUAGUUCGCUUCCUGAUUACUUUCGUCCUUUACGCGCAAUGUUAUACCACUUAAAUGUUAUACAGCACUCUGUUGAACAACACUGGGGCGUGAAGUGAUGCCGUUAUUAGCAGAAUCCGAUCAUUUUCUUCUUCUUCUUCUUAAACUUUUUCCGGGUUUCCCUUUGAGACCCAGACUUGGGCUGGUUAAGUAUCCUGUAGAGGAAUGAAGGAAAGAAUGACGCAUAAUUAGGAACACGUUGGUGCCACUGGUCGCCAUGGACAGCCCCAUGUUCCCCAGAUACUCGUGGCUGGAUUUCACGUUCACGGUGGUCGGUGUGUGUACAUACGUGUUUGAUGUUGGUUCGGAUCUCUGGCUCGCGCAGGAGUUUUUCCACAGGGGGGAUUUGUUUUGGUUCGGAUUGUGGCUCGGGUUCAUGCUCACGUCAUCCCUGAUCGUCCAGAUGUUCAGCUGGUUCUGGCUUAAAUAUGACCUGGAGCUGAAAACCUUCCAAACAACACACAAGCAUAUGAUUCUUUUCGGCAAUGCAAGACGCCUGAGACUGACGUGUUUCCUUCACGUGUUUCAGCUCGGCUUCUUGUGCAGGCAGGUGUCAGCAAUCUGGCAGGGUUUCUGUGUGUGGUGGCGAGGAGAACAGGGUUCGGAGUACGCCGCCUACCUGACCCAUGACCUCAGCAUGCUGCGCCUGAUCGAGACGUUCUGCGAGAGCACGCCACAGCUCUCGUUCAUGAUCUACAUCAUGAUCAACAACAAUCACGCCAGAAUCGUCCAGUAUGUGAGCGUGAUCGCGUCUACCAUUUCGAUAGCAUGGAUGGUGGUGGACUACCAUCGCGCGCUGCGUUUCUUCCUACCUGAGAAGUCCAACCAGACAUGGCUGUCCUCUGCUAUCUACUUCCUGUGGAACCUGUUCCUGAUUGGCCCACGCGUGGCGUGCGUGUCCCUCUUCACCUCCGUCAUGUCCUGUUAUGUUUUUGUUCACUUCCUCUUGCUUUGGCUUGUGUUUAUGGUCUGGGCCUCUCUGCAGGGCACCAGUUUCAUGGACAGUAAAGCUGGAGAAUGGCUGUACCGAGCCACUGUAAGCCUCAUCUGGUACUUCAGCUGGUUUAAUGUGGUGGAAGGAAGAACCAGGGUCAGGAGCGCCAUCUACCACUGGUUUAUCAUGACCGACAGCGCAAUCCUAAUGGUCACAUGGUGGUGCUACAGAGAUCAGGAAGCGAGUCAGUCCUAUUCGCUUAUCCUCCUUAUCCUCAUUCCGCUUUCUUAUCUGAUAGGGCUGUUGGUUAAAAUGCUCUAUUACUGCUGCUUUCACCCCAAGCUGGGGCAGACCCAGGGCUUGAAGAAGGUUUCAGACGUGCCUGACGGUCUGGCGGAACUGGGUAUGGCUUUAGAGACGGACUCUUUCAGACCUGUGAUGUUAAACAAGAGGAUGGCCAGACACGCUGCUAACUUUUACAGGGACGCAGGGACACGCUCGAAGGGACCACAGGACACUGGGGUCAUCUGAGGACCAGAGAAUGAAAUUGCACUUUCAUCAUGUACCAAAAAUUAAGCUGGGCGGUUUUUCAAACAGCUUUUGUGGGUUAGUCCAAGAUUAACCGUGUUGGAAACCAAGCACAUGCAUGUGUUGGGACAAAAGAAAAAAAAACUUUAAUGCUAGCUUUAACCAUCAUAAAUAGAUUUCAAUUAUCCCAAAAGUUUACCUGCGACAAGCGCCGAGGUGGAGACGCUAACGUAUUAUUGUGACGGAUUCCUCUUAACUGACGUUUAACAUCUCGCUGUUUCAAACCUCCUGCUGGAUGUGUGUACAGCAUACACACACAUCCUGAUACACACGCAUCCUGAUACACACGCAUCCUGAUAUCACAGCACCAUUAACUCCUCUAAUCGGAAUGAGAGAGAACAGAGAGUUUUUCCUGGAACAGCAUGUACUUAACUGGUUUAUUUCUUGCCUAUCGAAUAUCCAGCAAUCAGCACAGCCUCAGUCUUGUACCCGAUUCCCGAGUACAGAGUCAGUAUCAGUCAGAUUUCGUCCAGAAUUCAGCACUCUACACUUUAUUAGCUACAACCAAAGCUUCAUUUCAAACCCUUUACUACGGUUACAAAAGAUGUCAGACUGGAGCUCAUGUCUGGUGUCAUGACAUGUUUACAUUUCUGUUUGAUUAGAAAAUGUUGUACUAGAAUUUGCAUGAAUGUUAUGAAUUCUGUAAAAUGCUUUCAUUUCGAGUGUAAUGCGCGAUACCUCAGUCUGUUUCACACGUCCUUAUGACCCACCCAGCUCAGGACCAUGUGUGGGAUUAGCGAUUUAAUUAUAUAUAUAUAUACUGUAAAAUAUGUAUAAAAAGAUUCAAGAAUGUACGUUUCAAGCUUCUCUGUCCUUUCCAUGUGAAGCAGUGAAACUGAUCUCUGUUCAAAGCCAUACUCUAAUCAGUUUGUUUAUUUAUUACACAUCUAUUUUUUUUGUUACACGGUUGGUACGCGUUAAAGGAUGGUGUUCAUGUUCAUGAUGUUCAGUGGCGUUAGACUUUAAUGGUGUUAGACUUUAUAACUCUGAGGAGUUUGUGGCUUUACAGUCAGGGAAUGAAAUAAAAUGUUAGAGUAAUUGGCAAUAAAAAAAAUGGUGUCGUUUAUAAGCAGUCGCAUUGUUGUUGAGAGGAAAAAACACAAAAUAUGUUCGAUUUCAUUCUAUUCUGUUUGUGUAAGAUUUAAAAUGUAAAUGUAAUACAGUACAAAUAAUCUGUAAUAGCACAUGCUGCCUGUUUAAAUACUGUGUGUGAGUGUGUGUGUGAGGUGAGUGUGAAUGCGCGUGUGUGUGUGUGUGUGUGUGUGUGUGUGCAUGAGUGUGUGAAUGAGGUGAGUGUGUGAGUGUGCAUGAGUGUGCAUGAGUGUGC